AUGAGCUCCGCGAGCGAGCGAAGGAACGCGGUCUAUUCAAUCUUUUCCCUGCCAAACCACUUCAAAGAGAGCCCGGGUCUCACAAAUCUCGAAUACUCGUGCUGCGCUGAGAUCAUGGGCCGCUGCUACUGGGCCGCCCAGACGAUGAACUGCCACGCUCCCGAGACGGGCAACAUCGAGCUCCUCGCAAAGUACUGCUCUCCCGAGCAGAAGGCGAAGUGGCUUCAGCCUCUUCUCGAUGGUACGGCCUCCUCAGCCUACUCCAUGACCGAACCCGACGUGGCCUCUUCGGACGCCACCCAGAUUGGCAUCUCCAUCCGCCGCGACGGCGAUGAGUAUGUCAUCAACGGCCGCAAGCUGUACGGAAACUGCCUCUGGAACAAGGAGCUCUCCUUCUACAUCCUCAUGGGCUGCACGGCGCCCGACCACCCGGACAAGUGGCGCCGCCACUCCAUGCUCAUCGUCCCCUGCGACACGCCCGGCAUCACGCAGGUGCGCAACCUCACCAUCAUGGGCUACGACCACGCCCCCGAGGGCCACGGCGAGUACAAGUACGACAACGUUCGCGUGCCCGUGGGCAACGUCAUCCUCGGCGAGGGCCGCGCCUUUGAGAUCGCCCAGGGCCGCCUCGGGGCCCGGCCGCAUCCACCACUGCAUGCGCCUCAUCGGCCAGUGCGAGCGCGCCUACGAGCUCGCCCCUCGUGCGCUGCAUCGACCCGCGCAAAAAGCCGCGCGCCCGCUUCAUCGGCGACUUUGACUCCAACAUUGAGCGCGUCGCCCAGAUGCCCUCGGGUCGAGGCCGCGCGCCUUCGUCGUCCUAAACGCCGCCGACACGAUGAACCUGCUCGCAACAAGGCCGGCAAGCGCGCCAUUGCCCCAGAGCAAAGAUUCUCGUCCCCCGAGCUUGCCGCCCCGCAUCAUCGACGAGUGCAUGCAGAUUUACGGCGGCCAGGGCCUCACGCAGCACACGCGCUGCCGGAGAUGUGGACGUAUUCACGCUUCGUUGCGCGUGGCGGACGGGCCGGACGCGGCGCACCGGCACCAGGUUGGGCGGGAGGAGAUGAAGACGGCACAGGGCUUCCGCGACAGGCAUCAGGCCUACCUGGACAGGUACAAGAAGUUUGCCGAGCAGUAUGGGGAGAAGUUUGUCUCUUUUGA